GGCCUCAUCCCUUUUGUCACCAUUAUCUUCGAUGCCCACUAGCAAUGCCUCACCACCUGCACCUCACCUACGCCCCUUCACCGGCACCUUUCCUCCUGCGCCCGGCGCCUUGCCUCCUACUCUUACCGGCCCCCUGUCCUACAGACGCCCUCUGCGCGCCACNAUGCCCACUAGCAAUGCCUCACCACCUGCACCUCACCUACGCCCCUUCGCCAGCACCUUUCCUCCUGCGCCCGACGCCUUGCCUCCUACUCUUACCGGCCCCCUGUCCUACAGACGCCCUCUGCGCGCCACUUAA